GCCACUACCACAGAAAUAAACAAUUGACCAAACAUAAAUAGGGAGAGGGCUUCAUUUUACAGCAGUAGUGUUUUAAUGGCUACUACAGAAGAAAAUUCACUGGAAAGAAUGCAGUCCCAACAGUACCAGCAGCAGCGUCGAAAAUUUGCAGCUGUCUUCUUGGCAUUCAUUUUCAUUUUGGCCACUGUGGACACUGCUGAGGCAGGGAAGAAGGAGAAACCAGGUAAGCAGCAGAGUAAACAGAAGUCUACCGUCAUUACCAUGGCACCAAAACAGAAUCUCUCAAGGGUUUGUGUCUUAUUUGACCCUGCUUUAGCCGAGUGCAAGUACCAGUUCCAGGCCUGGGGAGAAUGUGACCUGAAUACGGCCUUGAAGACUAGAACUGGCAGUCUGAAGCGCGCCCUGCACAAUGCCGACUGCCAGAAGACAGUCACCAUCUCCAAGCCCUGCGGCAAGCUGACCAAGCCCAAACCUCAAGCAGAAUCUAAGAAGAAGAAAAAGGAAGGCAAGAAACAGGAGAAGAUGCUGGACUAGAUGAUCCCACCUUCUGAGGAACAGGAAAAGGACAUCAGCAGCCGGAAUCAGUUAACUAUUGCAUUUAUACCUACUGUAGGCUUUUUAUUCAAAAAAUAUCUAUAGCUUAAGUACACAAUAGGCAAAAUGAUGAGGAAAGAAAUUUUUGUAGUAGCAUUUUUUAAAAUAUAUACCAUAGUACCACUAGGGGCUUAUAAUAAAGGACUGUAAUCCCAUUUAGAAAGUUGACUUAUAGUACAUGGUAAAUGAUAGACACUUGAGGUAAGGUUUUUGAAGUUAUGCGAUAUUUCACAUUUACUUUUUUUUUUUUUUACUUUUUUUUGGCCGCAAUAUAAAUGUUGUGAACAUGUAAACUACGUAUCUUUCUAGAUAUUUUUUUUCACCUAGACUUUUCUUUUUUUCCCAAAUUGAAAAAAGUACAUACUAAACAAAGCAGCAAUAAAAUAUAAUCACUCCAUUUGAGGAAAAUAGCUUGUUCUCUGCCAUUGGAUUCUUUUUUAAAAAGUAAGUCAGCAAAAUGAGGGAGGGAGAGAGGCAGAACCAUGCCCUAGUGCAAUGCUGUUGUUUUCUAAUUAAAAUAUUAAAACAUGAUUUUUUUUUCAUUUUGGCAGAAACAGAUGUUUUCUUGAUGAAAUUAUUUUUCCAUCUGAGGAAAAAAUACUAGAAAAAUAAAUCAAGGUGAUGCUGAAUAAAAGGUGCUUUUGUGUGCAAUAA